AUGAUUGGCUUUGGCCCGACGAACGCGACGGUCUUCUUCAGCUUCUACAUGUACCUCGUGCUCCUCAACAGCUGCGCGACGGGUCUCGGCUACAUGGUCUCGUGCAUGGUGCGCCGCGCCGACAUUGCGCCCGUCAUCGGCAUCGUCAUCAUCCUCCCGCUCGUGCUGUUUGGUGGUCUCUUUCUGAACGCGAGCAACACGCCCGACUACUUUAUCUGGCUCGAGUACAUCUCGCCACUCAAGUACGCCUACCGCGGCCUGAGCCGCGCGUUCUGGAACUCGGUUGAUACGAUUCCAUGCGACUCGAAUCGCUGCAUCGCGACGUCCGGCGCCCAAGUGCUCAGCAACAUGUCGCUCGACGAUGCUAGCUUUACCAUUGACGCGAUCGUUCUCGUCGCCAUCAACCUCGGCUUUCGGCUCGUUGGACUCUUUUUCUCUCGCGCAUGUCUGUACUAG